AUGACCAAUAAACGUCAAGUGUUCCUUUCAUCACUGCAUCAGCGGGAUGCCCUCUCCCUCAGCGAAGGCAGGCAGCAAUUUGGCCACGCCGCCUACCACUGGGAGGGGAAGGGGGGUUCUUAUUUCUCUCAAGAACUCAAAGGGGUCGGAUUGCUAUGCUUUCGACUGAACAGAGUGAACCUCAACUCAGAAAAUAACUGGCUCUGUCGAGAAAAAGCGAACGUCAAACCGGAAAAGAGUGGCCAUUUUCUCGGAAGAAUCAUGAUUGGGCAAGGUGCCAAAUGA